CUCUGUGUGGUUGCCAGGCGCUGUAGGGUCACUGCGUGGGAAGUGCUGAAAUUUCAUAGCGUCACAGCUUUCGACACCAUCGCGGCGGCUCGGCUUCACACCGAGCUUCAGAUUGUUCUGGCGACUUGUUGUUCUGAGGCGGACUUUCAGGAUCGAAAGGACUUCAUGUGGGAUACUUAAAGCCGAAGGGAAAACGACGUGUAACGGCUCAGAUCGCUCCUCGGUGGCCCGGUUAUUCAUCUACAAGAUCUGUCAUUUACCACUUUAGCGGCUAACAGUGCUAGCUUAGCGCUCAUCCAAGCCGAGCAGUGUGUGUGUGUGUGUGCGUGUGUGUGUGUGUGUGUGCGCGCGCGUGUGUGUGUGUGUGCCCGCGCGCGUAUAUGUAUAUGUGUAUGUGUGUGCGCGCGCGUGUGUGUGUGUGUGCGUGCGCGUGUGUGUGUGUGCCAUUACCAGCCACUUUUGGCUCACCUCGCUGGGGUAGCAAUCCCCCUGAAUUGCACGCAAAAGUCAACUAAAUGAUUAUGGAGAGGAAGAGGAUCGACUGUCCGGCUCUGCCGCCGGGCUGGAAGAAAGAAGAGGUGAUCCGGAAGUCGGGACUCAGCGCCGGCAAGAGUGAUGUUUAUUACUACAGUCCAUCAGGGAAGAAGUUCAGAAGCAAACCUCAGCUGUCCCGAUACCUCGGCAACACGGUGGACCUGGGAUGCUUCGACUUCCGCACGGGAAAGAUGAUGCCCAGCAAAAUGCAGAAAAGCAAACAGAGGCUUCGCAACGAACAUCUCAGUCUGUCCAAGGGAAAACCGGACCUGAACACAGCACUGCCCAUCCGACAGACAGCCUCCAUCUUCAAACAGCCCGUCACCAAAGUGGUCAACCAUCCCAACAACAAAGUCAAGACAGAUCUACAGCGAGCGACCGAACAGCCCCGGCAGCUGUUCUGGGAGAAGAGGUUGAAAGGUUUGAGGUCGUCGGACGUCACAGAAGAGGUUCUCAGGACUAUGGAGCUUCCUAAAGGUUUACAGAGCGUAGGUCCGGAUUCGUCAGACGAGACGUUGCUGUCGGCCAUAGCCAGCGCUCUGCACAUGACUUCGGGCCCCAUCACGGGUCAGACGUCCACCGCAGCAGAGAAAAACCCCGCUAUCUGGCUCAACACCUCCCAGCCACUCUGCAAAUCCUUCAUCGUCACCGACGAAGACAUCAGGGAACAGGAGCUGAAGGUGUACCAGGCCAGGAGGAGUCUGGAGGAGGCUCUGAUGGCUGACGGUUUGGCGCGGGCCGCCGAAUCUGCCAGAGACAUGGAGGGCAGAGCGGCGUAGAGACUCCAGCAGAACGCACUGAAUUCAGGCUACACCCCUUUGCGGACCCUUUACCUUAGAGAUGAUGUCAUCAGUCUGCGCCCGGACCUGUCCCGCAGACCCAAGCACACUUUACGCACCCACGGACAAACAGCUUCAACCGAGGCCUUUUCGUUCCCUUUUUUUUUUUCUUUUUUUCUUUUUUUCUUUUAAAUAUCUAGAGCAUAUAUUUUUGUGUACAUAUCUAUAUGAUUCAGAACAAUGCUUAUUUUGUGUCCAAAAAAAAAAAAAACCCAACAACACCUGAAGCAUUUUUUUCUCUACAGGAAAACGAUACUGAGCAAUACUUCUGAAAAACUGAAUCAGGUUGCAAUCUGCUGGAUUUGUAUUGCUAACUUUUUUUUCUCUCUCUCUCUCUCUCGGUCUCCGACUGUUGUAAGGGAUUUCGUUGUUUUUCAGGGUUUGUAACGAAUAAUGCAUUUACUUCCUUAUUAAUGAGAACUUGCUUAUUUAAGAGAAAUAAUUUUAUACAUUGGAAUAAAAAAAUACUUGUACAUUUUGCGCAUCAUAAUAGAAUAAAUAAAUAAUGUUCACAUCUGA